UUUGGGUGUUACCCAGCUGAUCGCAGCCUAUGUCUGCCUGGCGGGAUUAAUUCUAGGGGUUCAUUCUCCAGUGCUGCUCCACCAGUGCCCCACAGGCCCCCCCCCAAAAGAACCAGGAUAGAGGGGCACCCGUGCCGUUGGGGGGGAGCUGUGGGGAGAGGCUGGCUAUGGGGCAGGUUUAUGGGGUACUGGCAGUCCAGGAGUGGAGGGUGUCUAUGGGGAGGAUUGAAGGGCACUGACAUUGCUGGGGGCAUCUAUGGAGUGGGAUUGAGGGGCACCAGGGCACUAUGGGGUGGCAUUGGGGGCACUGGCAUUGCUGGGGGUGUCCAUGGGGUGGGAUUGAGGGGCACCAGGGCGCUAUUGGGUGGCAGUGAGGGGCUAUUGACGGGCACUGGCAUUGCUGGGGGCGUCUAUGGAGUGGGAUUCAGGGGCACCAGGGCACUAUGGGGCAGGAAUGAGGGGCUAUGGGGCAAAAUCGAGGGGCAGCACCCGCUGCGGCUGGCUGUGUUCAGGGUCGGGGCUGUUUCUCCUGUGUGGGGUCGCUGUGACCUUUGCCCUCUGUCCCCCAGGUCGGCCCCCGCUGCCGCGCCCCCCGCCGCCGGAGGAGAAGGGGGUGGCCCCCCCCCACCACCCCCCAACCUCACCAGCAACCGGAGACUGCAGCAGACCCAAGCCCAGGUGGACGAGGUGGUUGACAUCAUGCGGGUGAACGUGGACAAGGUGCUGGAGCGGGACCAGAAGCUGUCGGAGCUGGACGACCGAGCCGACGCCCUGCAGGCGGGCGCCUCCCAGUUCGAGACCAGCGCCGCCAAGCUAAAACGCAAAUACUGGUGGAAGAACCUCAAGAUGAUGAUUAUCCUGGGGGUGAUAUGCGCCAUCAUCCUGAUCAUUAUCAUUGUUUACUUCAGCACUUAAUGGACCCUCGGAAGCCAAAGCCCCCCCCAUUUCUCCCCCCCCAAAGGAGCUGCAGCCUGGAGAGGCACGAGGGGCUGUGACCCCCCCCUUCCCAUGAUCUCAGCCAUAUCUUCCAGCCUCCCCCCCUUCCCCUUUCUCCCCCGGGCCCCCCCGUGGCGUGUGUGCGUGUCUUGCGGUGCGUGUGGCCGUCCUGUAUAUAGGCUGACUUAUUUAUACAUAUAUAUAUAUUCUAUA